AUACUUGGUAUGUUUAACGAUCUUGAGCCGAGUAGGAUGUUAAUGGGUACCGUGAUAAUCAUAGUGGACGAUGCAAUACUUGACACCCAAAUUCAAGCUUUCCCGCGAACAACAAUUCGACAAGCUCGAAGCAACUAGCGGUGAUAUACGACAUAUUCUGGCCAUGGCCUGGACGGAUGCUGUUCAAACUGACCCCGAUACUCGGCUCGACUUCUGCAUGACUCUUAUAUUAUGUGGUAUUACCGGUUUUAGGCCCGGUGCCCUUGUUGAGAUAUUCUACAAGCAGAUAGAGCUGGCAGCUGUCCGCGAUCCAGAUAAUCUCCAGAACACCAAAAUCAUUGCCCAUAUUACGCUAUUUCACAACAAACAAAACACUGGUUCACUGCGUACGGAGCAGGAUGACAUUAUCGAGUUCUGUGUUGCCUUUGUGCCAGACCAGUCCAUUCAUUUACUGAGUCAUAUCGUGGCGCGGGCAUUGAGCGAGGAUGCAUUUGAAGCAGGAUAUAAAUCUGUGGAUGAACUCUUUCGACGUCCUAACCUGGAGCACGUCAACCAAAUUCCCCUGAAGUGGAAGGACGAGCUGAUCACAGAAGACCGGCUUUUCGUAUCUAUUGGUUAUAACCAAUACUGGAAGAUAUGGCGUCGAGCAACCUGGGCGUUAGGCCUUCGAGACACAUUGCGUCCCUAUUCAACCCGGGUAGGCGCUGGAGCAACUCUCAACGAGCGUCUGGAUGUGGGUCGGCUCCGUUCAAGCGUUCAAGAUACAAUUCGAAGUGGUGCCAGUCAAAGACAAGUGAAUAGGGUCAGGGCAAAGCUACAAGGUCGAGUGAAAAAACUGGCCACUAUGAAAGCUACUCAGAGAAGGGCUAAGUACGAGAAAGAGAGUGACAGUUUGAGAGCAAGGGGGCUGAAAACAACCGCGUUACGCCCUAUACCCACUGCUCCUUCUCCGGCGACAAGCUCUCUUGGAGCUAAAGCAAUCGGCAUAUUCCUGAAGAGGGUAGAGCUAGGAGAUAUCCAUCGCUCGGCGCGCUUUAUUACAAUUUUAAUCGCCUACCUACGACACCGGCCAUCAUCAGUGGCAGUAUUGGUAACACGAGAAACAGGCUCAUCGUUGGACCUCAGCAUGCAUGGAAUUGCUCCCAUUGGGAUAUCCCAGUGUCUACUUGGUUGUCCGUCCUUUGCUAACCCUAGGAACCUAACAAGACACGUUAUCAAGUGCCACUUCAAGAAGGGGACGUUUGAUGCACCGUUUGAAUGCCCCGAAUGCCUCUGGCUCGGGGAACAUAUCACUAUCACAGGUCCGUCGGCAUGGAGUGCUCACAUCGCAAGAGAACACCACUGCCCCGAACCCAACCCAAAUAGGGCGGAAACUUUUCCUUGUUGGCUUUGUAAGCUGUCGUUUUCCAACACGAAAGGCCGCAGUCAACACGUUACGGCAACUCACUUUCGCAGAGGUACAUUCAACGAUCCUCAGGACUGUCUAGAAUGUGAACGUCAAGGGGUAACUACGAUCGUGGCAGGCCUUGAUGCUUGGCGGCACCAUGAGGAGGAGGCUCAUAAUGAUGACGCUCAUAAUGAUGCGGAUGAGCUUAAUGAUGGGUGGAACGGCGACUCAGUCGAGCAUCUUUGCAUCGAUAGGGAGCAGCACGGCGAAGAGAACGACCUGGGAUUUCCUUGUCGUUUAUGCGGCAAGCCAUUUGCGUCUCCAAAAGGUCGCACGCUACACACGACAAACUUCCACUUUCGUCAAGAUCAAGGCAACACUGGCCCAUGUCUUGAGUGUUCCCGCAAUGGCUUGGAGACCACAAUGAUUGAGGACCUUACCGAAUGGCAGUACCACGAGAAAACAGUUCACGCUGAGAAGAAUAUUAAGUAUCACUGCCGGCUUUGCGACAAACGACUUGCCUCCAAUUGA